AAUUUUUCUUUCUUAAAUCCCUAAUCAUUUCAAGAAUCGGAUUCGGCUGUCUUCUCUCAGAUCUUCGUUUUCUCGAUCUGAGGUUCCAAGAUUUAAUAUAGGGGAAAUUAAGGAGGAGUUUUAGUUACCUGGUUUUUGUUUCCGAUCGAUCUACGAAUCAAUGGCGGCUCUGCAGAAAUUCAAGCUAUUAGCCACGCAGUGCACGGUAGCUGGAAGUCCGGCGAGGAGUCCUUGCGCAAGCCCUGUCAUCCACCUUCGCCGCCGCAAAACUCUUCGCAUGCUUCUCAACCGCUCAUCUGCUUCGGAACGUCGUCGAUUCGGCCGUCGCGAUGACGACAGAGAGAAUGUAGCGGAUCGGUCUCCGGGAAAAAAUGCCACUGCGGACAGCGAGAACAGGAAGAACGGCAGUAAGAAAGAAGGGAGGGGGAGAAGGAAAUUGAGGGAGCUGUUUGUGUCUUCGCCUCCGCUUGAGGAGAGGGGAAGUAAGAGUGGAUUGGAUGAUAAUGAAGGAUUGUUACCGGCUCCGAUGAGCGCAACUGAUGGCAUGACGGCUCGGCGCGGUGGUGGCUCUAUAAGACAGAUGGCAGGGACGUUACGGUGUAGAAUAUUGAGGAGAGCGUGGCGACCUGUUCUAGUCACAAUCCCGGAGUAAAUUAAUUAAUUAAAAUAAUAAUAAUAGUAAUAAAUAUGUAAAAAUUUGUGGCUUUGAAUUUGAUUUCAAUUUCUGAAGUUGUUGCCUCUGGUUGAAAAUUUCAAUUUUGGGUUUUGUAAGUUUUUAGUAAAAUUUUGGUGUGGUAUUGGUGGAAAAUCAAUCAGAAAUUCUACAGCCCUUCGCUGUUGUAAUAAGCUCCAGAAAACAAGAGAAACGGUUAAAAGCUUACAGCGCCAGAAAAAGUUUUGCUUGUGUAAAGGAGUAGUUAUCAGUUUAGGUAAGUUGGUGAAAAGCACGCCUAGGCUAGGCAGUGCCAUGUCGCUUGCAUUGGUUACUUAUUAGGUAAUAGGUAAAAGUUCAAUGCGGCUUGCAUUGGUCAAAUCUGUAAAGCGCACCCAGCACUGUGAAG